AUGGCGACAAGAGGGGCGCCGUUAACGUCCUUGUCAUCGACGGAUGAAUCUCGCUAUCGGAAGGAGGUCCUCCGACUCGAAGAUGCCGAAACAGAAGACAUUAUAGAAGAACAACUCGUCGCCGAAGCCUCCGAGCUCGGGUUGAAGAUACCCGAUAUUCAAAUUGCAGCUUCGCUAGCAGCGACCAUCAACGCCGGCAUUUUGGAUUUUACGAUACCUGCAUCAUCAUCAUCGUCAUCAUCCACUGCUGGAUUGACGCCGCCUAACCGUCCGUCGUUUACUCAUCCCCGGUCAUUUGCUGAUCUUGUUAGAUCGAGUGUUGCAUCGGUUGAUCAGUUUGCUAGUUCGUUAUCGGAACCGACUGUAUCCGACCGCGAUCAAUCUGGUAGUAUACCGUCUAUCGACUCAUUUUCGACUCGGCCGACGUCAAUAAGUUCUUGCGAUGUCAGAAUCAUUCAGCCCCAAGCCACGCCCCAUGAACGCCCUUUAUGGACACAGUCACCGCAACAAAUCUAUUCGCCGGGUUCUUCUGCUUCCACAAGCACAAGCGCCAGUGCACUAAGAUUGUCGGAGCGGAAACGGUUGAGUUUUAUUAAUGCAAUUGGUCGGCCGUUUCGGAAACGGCGUACCCCGUCCGCCGUCAAUCUGCCGCCAAACGCGCAUAUAAGCUUGAAGAGAAAUGAGGGUGGGGGAGCAAAUACAGUUAUCGUGGAGACAAAGCCUGUAAGAACGGUCGAAACUGAGCACUCCGAAGAUGCGCAAGCCCAGGGGGCUUUACAAGUCGAAGUGCCGGUGUUUGACGAAGCUGCUAUAAACCGGACUAUGGAAGAUGCAAAAUUGAGGGAGCUACUUGAGCGACAUAAAGCCCAGAGGUCACGAUUUGUGCAACUGCAGAAUGAGUUGUUGGACUCGUUGAAAGCAGCGCAUUUGGCUGCCGUUGCAGAGAGAAGGUUGAGUAAUAGUACGGCCAAAAAGGUGAAGAAGGAAUGGAACACCGAUUUCCUUGCACGAAUGGAAGAACGCCAACUCUCGGUAGAAAUUGAUCAAAUCAAAGAAUUCGAAAAAUCGAAACGAAAUUCACAAACCCGAAUCAAGUACAUGGAAGGAUACGUCAGCACCUCCAGUCCUCCACCGUCGCCUGAACUUUCUGGUUCUGAAUGUGAACCUAAGUCCCCCCAACAACUACAGCAGCAACUUAGAACGGUGACUCAGCGCCAGCAAGAACAACUAGCUCAAGAAUACCUAGAUUGGAAUUCCAUGGACCGAUUGCACGAAGCGCGCAUCAAAGUCCUCCGGGAGCUGCAAGAGCAACAACUACAAGAAACAACAGCUCGACUCGAGAAAGAACUGGAUACCCUAAUUGGCAAAAAUGCAGAAGCCAUCAUCGAGCUUGAGCGUGAUCAUCAACGCGCCGAGCAAGAACUGUUGCAAGUUUUCGACGCCAAGAAGAAUCGACUCAGACGACGAUGGAACAUCGAAGAGGCGAUACUGCGUAAGAGGCUUGAGAAUCAGAGCGGACUACCGUAUGGACCAUUACCGAUUGUUUCUUUCAGUGUUCCUGAUGAUGAUGAUGGCGAUGGUCAAUAUCAUAAUAGUAAUGACCGCGAAUUUUGGAGUAUGAGAUACCCAUUUUGA